AUGAUUUUUUUAUUCCAAGUAAUUCUCCUUUACCUCUAAUUUGCAAAUUGUGAAUGGCUAUAAUUAGGAUAAUACCUUACCGCUGUUAGGACUUUUAGCAGUUUAGAUACAGAUGGAUUUAUAUAAAUGAAUGGAGACAUUAGCAUUUCCUCUUAAUAUAUUAGUUGUGGUUAAAAUGGCAGCUACAUUGUAUUAAAUCAAACUCAAAGCAAUGUUUAAAACAAUAUCAUAUUUUAUUGGGGUUAUUAAAUGUAUUUUGUCACUUUUGAGUUAAUAUUUUAUAAUGCUUGGGCGACCAAUGAUUAUGUAAAUUAUUCAUUUGGAUCUAAUACAUUUAGUUUUGAUAACAAUUCUAUUUCUCUUCCAAAAUAUUAUAAUUGGCAAUGCACAAAUAAACAAAGUUUUUAGUAAGUCUUAAAUGCAACUGUCAAUACUACUUAAGUGUCUGGAUAUCAUAGCUUUAAUAUUUCAACAAGUUAAGGAAGUUUAGCCAUAAAAAAUCUGAUUAUUACAGGAUUAAGAUGUCACCCAUAUUGUAGGACUUGCUCCGGUGUAUCUGCUGAUGAAUGUUUAUAAUGUGCUAUUGAGGGUAAAACACCUCCAAAUUGCCAAUAAUAUGAAUGUCCCAUUGAAACUCCUUAUUUAAUUAGGAAUUAAGGAUGUUUUAAGCAGUGCCUGAUUGAUUAUAUACUAUAUUUCAAAGGUUCAUGUGUUCCAUAUCCAAGUAUUCUAUAUAUUCAUUAUAGUCACUUAUUUUAUGAAUCUAUACAUAUCUCAAAAUAAAACUUCGUUAUAAUAUAGAUGGUAACCCAUUUAAGAUGGAGAAAACCCUGGAGCAGAACUGCUAAAUAACACAGCAUUUGAAAAUUAUUAUUUUUAUGGAAUAUUUCAACACAAAUAAGGUUAUUUGAGUACACUUAAUUUGUUGGCUAAUUAAGGGAUAUACUUGAUUGGAAUAAGAAUUGAAUUAAUACUUUUUAAUGCAAUGCCAGUCAAUAGUAGUAUUUCUUUAUAAAUAAAUGAAACGUACAAAGCACAUAUAUAUAAUAUUGGAAGUGGGGAGAAAUUCGAUUAAUUUAUAGUUCAAUAUCAAGUUUCAAAGCCUAAUUUUACAUAUUCUGGUAUUAACUACAAUAGCAACAAGUAUUAUACAUUAUAUACGUAUGUAAAUGUUUCAAACAAUUUUAUAAUCAAAUUAGUCGGCAAUUAUCCUGCGUAAAAGCAAUAUAUUUAUUAUUUAGAUCAUCUUCUGCAGGUUGGGGAAUUCGGAGUAUACAAAUUUCAUCAGGAUAAUGUCCACAAUAUUGUGAAAAAUGCGAUUCUUAAUUUAAAUGUUCAACAUGCUCACUGAAUUUUUUGAUAUCUAAAUCUGGAAUCUGCAGUCGAUGUUUAGAGAAUUACUAAAAAAUAAUUAAUGCUACUCAUUGUUUAGAAUUAGACGAUUAAACUCCAUGUAAAUCAAUUAAUAAAGUAUUUAGAUUCUGAAUAUCUUGUGAAAGAGUUCACAGAUUUAUCCAUAAAUCCUGAAACAUACAAACAUUAUGAGUUAUUAUAAUCGUAAGGAUCUAACUUUUUCAAAGGUGAAGGAAUAUUUUAUUCUAUUUGGAAUCAGAAAUAUCGAAUGUUUGGAGGACCAUAGAUUUGGGCAUAAGCAAAGUUUUAAAGGAAAUAUGAAAUAAAUACUCCUCAUCAUAGUGUGACAUUUGCCUUUAUUAUUAUAUUUGGUCCAUCUUUUCCAGAAGAUGGAUCGUUCAUCUUUUACUUAGAAAAUUAAAUUUAAUUUGAGAUUACUUCUACAAGCCAAGAAAUAACUUUUGAAUAUCUGUAUCUACACACAGCAAAUACUUUAAAUGUUCAAUGGGAAUGCAAGGGUCCAAAUAAUGAACCAUUUAAUGCAUAUUGUGGAUUUUAUAAAUAUUAUCUUGCUGUUCAUUAUUGUUAACCUGAAUGUUAAUAAUGUACUAAUGCAAGUGAUUGUAUUCCAGCUAAAACAUUUGAGGCCUGCUCAAAUGGUCAGUAUUUAGAUAUCUAUAAAAAUAAAUGUAAGUAAUGUUCAAAGAACUGUAAAAGAUGUACUUCAUUGUAGAAUUGCCAAGAAUGUUUGGAUGGUUAUAUAGAUCCUUCUUUAGGCUGCAUUUGUGGUAUAAAAAAAUUCGAAGAUAGUAAUGGAUGUUCAGAUUGUAGUUAAGAUUGCAAUUAAUGUAUAAAUCAAACAUUCUGUUUGGAAUGUAGGCAUGAUAGUUUGAAAGUGCUGAUAAAUAACGAAUGUGUAUGUUAAGAUGGCUACUUUGAUAAUUCUACAGCAUGCGCUUAAUGUUAAGCAAAUUGCAAGAGGUGCACAAAUAGUUCAGAUUGCAGUGAAUGCUUUGAAGGAUUUUAGAUAACAAAUUCAGUUUAAUGUGCAAUAGUUUCUAAUAAUUAUUAUUCUACUCUCCUUAAACAAUCGUUUCCUUGCCCUACUACUGAUGUAUGCAAUCCUUGUUCAUCAUCAAUGAGUAAUUGUUCUUGUGGGGAUAAAAUAAUAGGCCCUAAUGAAUACUGUGAUGAUGGUAAUUCAGAAUAAUAUGAUGGUUGUCAUAAUUGCUAAUUUUCAGUUUAAAUACAGUGUACGAUGUAGAUUAAUGGAAAAUGUCGUGAAUGUGCAACUUAAGGAUGGUAUUUGGAUUAAACUACUUCAACUUGUAAGGAAUAAUGUAGGGAUGGAUUAAAAGUAGGGAAAGAAAAAUGCGAUGAUGGCUUGGAUAAUUCAAAUUGUUUAAAUUGUGAUUUUUUUUGUAGAAAUGAUUGUCAAAUGUGUGAUAUGAACUAAGGUGUCUGUACAAAAUGCAGAGUCGGUUUGAAACAAGAAAAAAAUUAUUGUAUAAAUAUCUGUGGAGAUGGUAUCAUUGUGUCAGCUCCAGACAUUGAUUAUUACGAAGAAUGUGAUGAUUCUAAUAACUAGGAUGAUGAUGGUUGUAGUAAACUAUGCAAGUUUUAAUGUUAAAAUGAUAAAGUUUGUCAAAUGUGUGUGAAUGAGUUAUGCUAAUAGUGUUAACAUGGAUAUUUCCUAAAUAAGAUCAUGAAUAAAUGCGAAUGUGGAUUAUCUUGCCUUACUUGUGAUUAUUCCUCUGGAAAAGGAUGUAGUAACUGUUAACAUGGGUAUGAAUUAAGGAAUAAGAUCUGCUAUCCAAUUUGCGGUGACUCUUACGUUACUUUUCAUGAAUAAUGUGAUGACGGUAAUUUGAAUAUUGAUGAUGGAUGUCAUUAAUGUUAGUACACUUGUGAAUAAACUUGUGAAUUAUGUCUGUUUGGAGAAUGUCUAUCAUGCUAUGAGAAUUAUUAACUCUAAAAUGAAAGAUGCACACUAAUAAUUCUUCCUUAUUCAAGUGAAACAGAUAUAGAGAAAGGUACUCUAUCUCAUGAAGAGCAACUCAAUCCAAUGAAGGAUUAGUAUUUCGAUGUUGAUUUAUUUGAGAAUCGAAUCCAAAACAAUAACAUGAAAUAUAUAUCCUAUCUGGAUUCAUUGUAUUUGUUUCAUAGAAUAAGAGUUGAAAUUCAAGGAAUUGAAGUAACAGAAAAUUACAUUGAAAAAUAUGAACAAACUUGUCCAAUCAAUUGUUUAUCCUGUUUUCGUGGUGUGUGUAUCACCUGCACACUAGGAUACCAUUUAAAUUUAGACAAUAACACUUGUAAUCCUGUUUGUGGUGAUCAAUUAAUCGCAAUUGAAGAGUUAUGUGAUGAUGGAGAUAAUAUCAUUUAUGAUGGUUGUUUUAAUUGUAAAUACCAAUGUUAAGAGGAGUGCACCAAUUGCCAAUAUGGAAAAUGCAAAGCAUGCAUUGAAUCCUACUUUUUUGACAUCAAGAAAGGUCGAUGUUUGGAAAGAACAAUUUGCAUUGAAUCAUAAGGAUAUUAUUAUGAUGACAAAUAAAAUAUUUGCUAUUCCAAAUGUGGGGAUUCUAUUAAAGCAGGAAAAGAACAAUGCGAUGAUGGGAAUGAUGCUCCCUACGAUGGAUGCUAUCAGUGUCAAUAUUAAUGCGAAUUGUUAUGUUAGACUUGUUAACAAGGGAGAUGUGUAGAUUGUUAAAUUGGUUAUAAAUUAUCAAUAGACAAAUGUGUAGCAGAUUGUGGAGAUGGAUUGAUACUUGGUUCUGAGUAGUGUGAUGAUGCUAAUGCCAUACCAAGAGAUGGGUGCACUAAUUGUCUUAUUGACCCUGGAUUCAAUUGCAUAACAUUAGAUAAAAAAAGCUAUUGUUACACAUGUAAAUCUAAUUGUAGUAAAUGCGAGUACAUUAAUGGUCAGAUAAAUUGUCUCAAUUGUUAAAAAGGGUUCUUCUUAGCAAGUAAUGAGUGUAUUAAAUGCUCAGAUUAAUGUGAAGAAUGUCUAAGUAGUCCUAAUAAUUGCACUAACUGUAAAAUAGAAAAUUGUUAAAAAUGUGAUAAUAAAGAAGGAUUCUAUAGUGACUUUAAACUCAAAAAAUGUAUUACCAAAUGCGGUGAUAUGAUAGUCGCUGGUCAAGAAUAAUGCGAUGAUGGCAAUAUAAUAAAUAAUGAUGGAUGCAAUUCUUAAUGCGAAUUUGAAAAAGGAUUCACAUGUUACAAUAAUCUCUGUUAAAAAAUUCAAUAGAAAACUAUAGAAUUUAAUUAUUCGAAUAACACUACUACUAACUGUUUGCACUUGAAGGGAGAUAUAGAUUUUAAAUCUAUUUGUCCCAAAAUCACAAGUGAAAUUGAUUUAUUUGCAACUCAUGAAUUCAACUACACACUAACUCCUUUUGAGAUUAAUUAAACAUAAAUCCAGUAUGGAUGUGAAAUCUUGUUUCAAUUCUUCAAAACCAUUACAGAAACCAACUUAAUCCAUUUGAUAAUCCCAUUAAGUGUUGAUGGAUAAAGACUCCUGGAUGAAUACAGAAUUACCAUCAUUCCAAGAAAAUAGAUCUAUUACAGUUAAGAACAAAAGUAAUAGGCUGAGAGCGUUGUUGCCACAUCUAAUAAAUUCUAACUCCUACUCUAAUGUACUGGCCCUUUGUCAAUCCUCCUUGGGGGGAUCAGCUUUUUUUGGACUAUCCUUGAAAUCCUUACUUGGAUUAAUAAUUUCUAUUUUCUCAACAUCGAGUAUCCUUUGAAUGUUAAGAUAUUCUUUUAAAAAUUCCAAUGGGAUGAUAUAUUUUAUAUUCCAGAUUUCGUCUCCUUGAAUACACCUAAUGAUCCAUUCUACUUUUAACCCCCACUCAAAUUUCAAGAAAAGAAUGUCAAUCCUUUAUUUAUCAACAAUAUCCAAAUCUUCACUUGCUUAAUUUCCAUAGCUAUCAUAAUCUAUUUCAUAUCUAUUGUUAUUAUUAAAAUUUUCAAACUCAAGUUAAAUUCCAAUCAAUUUAAGAGUCAUAAGAUAUAUAUUUUCACGAAGUGUCAAUUAGACAACUAAGAGCCUAAUACUACACAAAAUAAGCAAAGUGAAGCACUCAAUAAAAACAUAAAAAAGCUUCCUUAUUUUGCUUUACUGAUUUUUACAACUGCUCUUGAUUAUUAAUACAACUUUUGGUCUAAAAUCCAAUCAAUCAUAAACUUGCUACUACUGGAUAUAUUUAUGGCUUGCAUCCUAUAAUUAUACUGCCCAAAACCCAAUAAUCAUUACAUUAUUAUAAUUAACAAUUUUUUAGCUGCCUGCUUCUUAAUCCUUAGCUUAGUGAUUUAUUAUGUUUACAUUUACGUAAGCUCUAAGCAUCAGUUGCUUUUGAAUCACCAAAUAUUCAAAAAGAAAUACCUAUCUAUUUAUGAGGCGCUGAACUAUAAAAAUAAGACUGCCAUGUAAUAUUGCUACUUUAAUAUGGUCAGAAAAUUUACCUUCAUUUUCUUCCUUGUGGUGUUAUAUGACAAACCAAUAAUUUAAACAACCUUUUGUUGUUUAUCGUGCUUUAUGAAUCUGUCCUUUUUGUUCUAUUAAAAUCCUUUUAGCUCAAAAAGCAUAUUUAUUUAAAUAGGAAUUCCUGAAAUUUGCAUCUUCUUCAUUGUAUCACUAGCAGUGGUCAUAGCAUUUAAUGAUUUGCAUAAUAUUCUAAGUGAUACUGCAAAACAACUGAUUGGAUGGAUGAUAAUUAUUCUAAUGUCACUUUCAAUUGCAGUCUAAAUGAUAUUCCUUUUGAUAGAAUUUUAUCAUAGGUUGAAAUCCAAUUUAGAAAGUCUCAAAAAUCUUAUCUGCCCAUAAAAAUAAUUAUCAUGA